AUGGAAGCACAUUAGACCAACCGUUAUAUGUCUGACGCACAAGCGAGUCAAUUUUUGCUGUUGUUCAUACGGUAGAAUUUACUAACUAUCUAACUACUAGAUACUAUUAGUCUAGUUGAGACAUUGUGAGUAUGCAUGCUAAUUGGCACAGUUUUGAAUCGUAACGGAGCAUGAAGGAAAAAAGACAGAGUACGCGGAUCGCGUCAGAUUACUGGAAAAGCUGCAAUCUCUUUUUAAAAAUUCGCGUUUUCAAUCGAUUUUCAAAUUUUACAUUCCUGUUCCAGGGUCUCUCGUUUUUCGAUUUUUGCCAGGAACCUGAGUCCUACUUCAUAAGCAAGCUAUUUUAGUUUGAUGACAUGUGGCGUUCGAGUUGCCGUGACUGAUAUAACGUUCUGUAUUUUGUCCUCUCAGCUUCUUAAUGGACCCUAAAGAAUGCAGUGUAAUAGAUUUACAUUACCUAAGACUGGAGCAAUGUCUUGAGCCAUCCAAACUAUUACGCUACCUUAAAACCGUUGGUGUUCUUGACGAUGACGAUGUAGAGACGAUUCGAGAAAAGAACAAGUCAAGAGAAGCACAAGUGGCGACAUUUGUAGAUAUUAUAAAGAGAAGAGAAAACGGGUUUAGGCGGUUACUACAAGCUUUGCUGAAGUCCAAAGUGCAGGCUUUCUUGGCAAGAGAGCUGCUUCAAGAUGAUGUUUACAACGAAGAAGGUUUGGUGGCUAUUUUUAUUCUAUUGAUUUUGCCUUGAAUUGCGCCAGGAUUUCGUAAUCGAUGAAAACUGUUUAUGAUAUUUCCAAGGUGUUAAGGUUUUUUUCCGGUUUUUUUAUGCUUUCAUUAGAUGACCACUUCACGCGUCGUGACUUGCACCUAAAACUUUCUCUUCGAAAGCAACUCCAACGUAUUUACUGCAUAGUUAUUAAUCGACUUUCCCUUCUAUUCCUUUCUUUGGUGAAUACGGUGUCUUGAAACUUACAUUCCAAAAUAUUUAAUUUGAAUUAAGUUCCACAUCGUGAAGAAACUUAUUGAUUAGUGUCAGUUUUUGUGUUAUUUCUGACGUUAGGGAACUCGACCGGAAAUCAAAACGUGAGAUAAACAACCAUCAGAAACUAAGGUCGCCAGAAAUUAGAAACCUAAUAUUUUUAUAAAAUGGGUUUCAAUAUAAAGUCAGUAGUAUCUCAUCUAAAGGUAUAAACAGCUUUAUUUCUCAGCACUUAAAAAUAUGGCUAUUUCUUCAUUUAAGAAGCAAUACUGACAAAUAAUUUUAUGCAGUGCUAUAUUUCUCGAUUACAUCUCUUGCUUUCAGAACACGCAAUCGAGAUUCUGUUUCCAUUUCCGGCACAAAACCACAUCCUUGCCAAAAUCCACAAUGCGAGAGAGAGACCUCUAUUUAUUUCCUGCAGGACCAACUGUAACCAUGUUUGUACAUUAGAUCAGUCACACUAUAACCCAUUUUAUUAUCACUCCUAAGUCCCAUUUUUUACCAUCAUUCUACAGAUUGAGAGAGACGACAGAGGGUGUUUUUUUUAGUUGACUUCAAGUGGCUUUUUCAGUGUCCGUCCACAGUAUAAUAUUCGUGACUUUAAGGAAGAGCAAUUCGUUUUAAAUUUUUACCAACAUUUAUGCCACGUACGCCAUGCUCAAAAAUUAUUUUUAUGCCCAAUAGGAAGACAGAUCGGCCUAUAUUACAAUUUUAACCUCGCGUAGAUGAAUCCGUGAAUGAAGUCUUAAUAUAUUUUGUCAUCCUAAAGGUCACUCGAAUAAACCAAGCAGAGCUUUCUUAUGAGAGGGAUAAUCUUUUGAGAUAAUCCUUAGGGUUGACGUCCAUAUAUUUUUAAGGUGGUUACUUUUCCUUUUGAUAAUGGAAGGCACCGUAUGCGUAUAUUUUGCCUUCAUUCAAUAGUUGCCUUGUGUCUUCUAGCCGCUUUUAGGGUAAUUUCCUUAAUUUUCUUCGACUGAGUACUGUACACUGCAGUUAUUUGUGUACAGUAGUCUAAGGAACCCCUCGUAUCUAAGGUUCAGCAACGCAGAAAUAACCCUGUUUGUUGUUGCUAUUUGCAGAAAUUAGCGCCAUGUUAUCAGAGCUAGAGAACGACCUUGACGAAACACAGUCCUUGAAAUUGAGGCUCAUUGAAGAGGAGAAACGCCACAGGUAUACCAAGAAGGAACUGGAAGAAAUCAGGCGAAGUUCUAUAGUGUUCAGCGACUCCAGCAGCUCGGGACUUUUUCCCGAUUAUGACUCGAAUCCAAGUGAUGAAAGCGAGGCUGAGGUAGAGAAGGAACAACCGCAAGGAAGUCAUGAGAGUUUUGCGCUAAUGCUCACAGAUAAUGAAGAAUUCGAAUGGGAACAUGAAGAUGGUUGGCGGAAGUUUGGAAGCGCUGAUGGCCUGGAUACUUUGUGUCGUAGAAAGAUUCAAAAUGGGUUAUUUGAUGAGCCCCUAAGGAAGAGCUCUUCCCUCGGAAGACUGAAUGGAAAACAGCAAAGGUCUAGAUUGGCGGAGCGGAGCAAUAAAAAAUGCCUACAACAAAGGAAGAAUUCUCAUGACUCACCAGACAAAGGAAAAAGGGACGAAAAAGAGAGAAAAUCACUUGAAGAAAAGGUGGCUGUUCUACAGAAGCAGCUUCAAGAUGAAAAGAGAAGACGCGACAUUUCCGAGCGUGAAGUUGCUAAACUUCAGUUAGAGAAAGAAGACCUGUGUAUAGAACUAGAGGAUACACGAGAACAAUUGAGGGAAAGUCAAUUAAAUUUGUUCUUUGAAGAUGAUAAUGAGGAGCCGGAACUAUGCUUUGACCAAAGCGCCGACGAAAAUGAGUCUUUAGGAUUUUAUGGCGCGAAGACGAAAGAUGGCACCGUAUUAAUUGAUAGGAGAAGACAAUGUUCACCGAGUGAUAAUGCAACGACCUCCACAUAUCGAAGCUCACCCUGCUUAGACAAGNGGGACGAAAAAGAGAGAAAAUCACUUGAAGAAAAGGUGGCUGUUCUACAGAAGCAGCUUCAAGAUGAAAAGAGAAGACGCGACAUUUCCGAGCGUGAAGUUGCUAAACUUCAGUUAGAGAAAGAAGACCUGUGUAUAGAACUAGAGGAUACACGAGAACAAUUGAGGGAAAGUCAAUUAAAUUUGUUCUUUGAAGAUGAUAAUGAGGAGCCGGAACUAUGCUUUGACCAAAGCGCCGACGAAAAUGAGUCUUUAGGAUUUUAUGGCGCGAAGACGAAAGAUGGCACCGUAUUAAUUGAUAGGAGAAGACAAUGUUCACCGAGUGAUAAUGCAACGACCUCCACAUAUCGAAGCUCACCCUGCUUAGACAAGCUUCAGGUCCAAACCGAGCACUUGAGUAGAGGACGGCUGACCGCAAGCUGGAAAAGUCUGAAUGCUCAUUACUAUGAGCUCGACGAAUAUGACGACGAAAUUAACGUUGAACUGGACGCUAGUAACGUACUAGACACUCUGCGCAGACUAAAAAUCCAUACCAACGCUUUGUACAAUGAUGUAUUAAACGAAAGAGAUGAACUACGGUACCUAAAAGGAAUUGCUUCUAGAAUGCAAUCAAGAUGA